GAUAAACCAUUCUUGAAUUCAGAUUGGCCAAAAAGAGAAAAAAAAAUCCAUUCUUGAAUCGCAGAAGUUGGGGCCGCAAGAAUCAACAAUGGAGAAUCCAUUCUUGGAUACCCGAGCGACUUCCAGUGCUGUGGAUUGUUUCGUUCUUUGGGACAAGGUUGAAAGAAUCGGGUACCGUCGUCUGACUCGUCUCGGAGACCCCUUCCGACCAACAAUCGGCGAAGACUCAGACUACUUCCCGGUGUACAAAGUCCACGAACUCCCCACCGUCUUCAAUGAUCUGAAAGGGACCGGCGAUUUCUCGUCCAUGAAGUUGAUUCCCAGAAGUUCACAACCCGGAUUCGUCAAGGAAAUCCUUUCAAGAAACAGAAACCUUCCCGAGGAUCAUGAGAAUCUCAUCAUCCCGGUGAUGUCCAACUUCGUGGAAAUGGACAGCGGUGAGCUCUGCAUAGUCAUGCCGUUCUUCAGCCUCAGAUCUCUCCGCGGGCUGCCGGAGGCCUGCAUCUCCGUUUCCCUGAGAUACGUCCUCAAGGCCCUCCGUUUCCUCCACGCCGCAGGGGCUGUCCACAGAGACGUCAGCGCGGGACACGUCUACUUAGAAGAGGGGCCUAAAAUCGCGCUGGGCUUCGCGGCGGCCACGCUCUACAACCUGCACAGUGCUGCAGAGUUUCAGUAUCCACCUUCUUCCUCCCUGCCCGCCACCAGGAUUUCUGACUGGGCAGCUGCCCCGGAGGAGUACAACUUUGGAUUCCAAAGAGAGAACUAUAGCACCAAAGCCGACGUUUGGCUCGUGGGAAUCGUGGCGCUGGAGUUAGCCUACGGAGAGAUCGCCGUCCAGGACCGCGGAGCCCUGGAAACGAAAAUCAGGGCAAUAACAGAGACAAGAAGGCUUCCCAAGAAGCUCGGACCGGAGGUACAGCAGCAGCGCGGCGCAUCAGUAACAACGACCUCACGGCGCAGCGGGGUGGGCAUGAAGAGAAAGGCAAAGAUGAUAGAGACCCCGGCAGAGGAAGGAGGAGGAGAAGAAGAAGAAGAAGACCAAGGGUUGUCUUCGUUUUCAAGGGAGUUUGUGGAAUUGGUGGCACAAUGCCUGGCCUGGAACCCAGAAGAUAGGCCUUGUGUUGAUGCCCUUCUGAACCAUGAUUUCUUCUGAACCAAAAAGGGGUUGAAGAGGUCCCAGUUAAAGUCACACUUCCAAGACCUUCUCACUGGGCGGGGUGAAAAGAAAUCCGAGAUUCUUGGUUAUUGUGGCAUGAUUUAUUCUUUUAUAAAAUGGUGUAGGUAUCGUUCUUUUAGUUUGAUUUUUAAUUCUGCAAAAAGCAAUGUAAAAUUUUUACAUUAACCAAAUCAAAAUUCCCAAAAAGAAAUCGAAUCCUUAUUC